AUGGAUAGUGAGGAUGUUCAAUCGGCAAGUGAAUAUUCUGUAGAGGAGAAGAGUAUGGAGGUUCUUGGCACAUCUAACACUGAUGUCCAGAUCAGGGGCUCCGAAAGGAAAACACUUCCUAGAAUGACUAAGUAUGAGAAAGCACAUGUGAUCGGCGUCCGUGCAUCUCAGUUAAGCGCAGGCGCCCCUCCGUUCGUAGACAUAGGGAAUGAGAGCAAUCCACUCAACAUUGCUAAUAUGGAGCUGAACGAGAAGAAGAUUCCAUUCAUCAUUCGCAGAAGACUUCCAGAUAAUAGUUUUGAGGAUUGGGCAAUUGAUGAGCUGAUGAUACCUGGAGUAGACUUUCAAUGA